AAAAUUUCUAAAUAUCGCGUCUGGUCGGGUCCCAUCGCUCUCUCUCCAUCGUCUUUCCAACUUGAUGAUCUUCAUAAUUAGGUUCAGUUUCUUCAUCUCAGACACCAGUUCUUUUCCAAUUCUCAACUCGAUCACAGCUUCCACACUUCUCGAUUCUUUAAUUCGGUUUCUUGUCGUUCUUCAAUUACGUGCUUAAAAGCGUUUUCGUUUUGAUCUUCAUUCGAUCUUCAUCUCCAUGUCGAUGCUCAACUCCUUCUUCAACAGGGGCUUCAAGGCUGCCCAAUGUAAAACCCUGCUCAAAUUGACAAUUCCACGAAUUAAGUUGCUGAGGAAUCGGAGGGAGAUUCAACUUAAGCAGAUGCGCCGAGACAUAGCUAAGCUUCUUGAGACGGGUCAAGAAGCUACGGCUCGCAUUCGGGUAGAGCAUAUAAUCAGAGAAGAGAAUAUGAUGGCUGCUCAGGAAAUUCUUGAGUUGUUUUGUGAGCUUAUUGUUGUUCGUCUCCCAAUUAUUGAAACACAAAGGGAAUGUCCUCUAGACUUGAAAGAAGCAAUCUCAAGUGUGUGUUUUGCUGCUCCAAGGUGUGCAGAUCUAACAGAGCUUCUCCAGGUUCAGUUGCUUUUUGCAGCUAAAUAUGGGAAGGAAUUUGUAUCAGCUGCAACUGAGCUCAUGCCUAACUGUGGUGUUAACCGUCAGUUGAUCGAGUUGCUUUCUGUUCGUGCUCCUUCACCUGAAAAGAAACUGAAGCUCUUAAAGGAAAUCGCUGAAGAACAUGACUUAGAUUGGGAUCCUGCUGGAACUGAAGCUGAGUUUAACAAAUCUCCAGAAGAUUUGCUCAAUGGAUCAGCGCAGUUUGUCAGUGCGUCGAAAUUACCCCUUCCUAAAGAUAAACACGACGAGACAUAUAGUGCUACUCCUGAUUUGGGUAGUGCUCCACAACCUGAUUCUGAUUCUGAAUUGGACCCGUUAGACUUUCCUGAAGUUCCAAAGAUAUCAGUAUCUCUGCAUCCUCCUACUACUUUUGAUGCUGCCACUGCACAACCACUGAUUCCACCUCCAUCUGUAUCCCCACCACCUGAAACUGAUCGUGAUUCAUUCAAAUCUUCUGGUAUUAUUCCUGAAAUCCCACCUCAAGAUUUACACUUGAAACGUGAGGAGGUGAGAUCUGUUUCACCCAGCAACGAUCAUCUGAAUGUCUCUGUUGGCGAAGAUAAACAGUUUUUGCCAUUUAUUACUCCGCCAUCACUGUCAUCUUCGUUUUCUCAUAGACAAACUGAUGUGUGCCCAUCCUCUGAUUCAAAGACCCCUGAGGAGAAGUUUGGUUUCAAACCACGGUUUGAACAAGAGAUAAAUUCACCACCACCCUCUGUUUCAAGGACCCAUGAGGAGAGAAAUUCACUAUCACCUUCUGUUUCAAGGACCCAUGAGGAGACAAAUUCACUACGUCCCUCUGUUUCUCCUGAAGAAAAAUUCGGUUUCAAACCACAGUUUGAGCAGAAUCUAGAUUCCCCACCACCCUCUGUUUCAAGGACAAAGAGUGAGGUCAAUGUGGAUGUCAGUGUGAAUUUGCAGGAUGUGUUGGCAGCUGCUCAGGCUGCUGCUGAAACUGCUGAACGUGCUGCUGCGGCUGCUCGCUCUGCAGCCAGUCUUGCGAAGGUUAGAAUCGAUGAGCUCACAAAGAAAAAGAAUGAUCGAGAUGCUGAAGUUAGUUGUGAGAAUCCAUUCCACGGAGCUGCUGUAACUCCACCUGAUCAUAAACAAACAUUCCAACAAGAUUCUUUGGGGAAUUAUUCUAUGCCAUAUUAUUCACAAGAUUCUUUCAAAGAACAUCACAGGGUAAGCUGUGAUUUAGACGUUACUGGUCAUCACCAGCUUGAGCCACAGAAAUCGGGUUUUGAUUCCUCGCCCAGUAAUUCACCAUCAGAACGCAUAGCACAUCCUCAUCAGACGCAGAGGCUCCCAUCGAUGGAUGACGACCCAUACUUUUCAUACCCGAAUCUAUUUACUUCACAGAAACCAAAUCUGGGAUCUGAUCGUUCGUCUGGUGGUGGUUCCGAUCUACACAUGUGAGGUAUGAGUGGAAUUUUAUAUGACAUGCUUUCGUGAAUUUAUAUUUUGUUCAGCUUUCAUAACGAGUUUCAAAUAUCCUUUUAGAGCUGUGGUAGGGAGCAUUGUAUUGUACACACCCGAAAAAGUAUAUGUUUACACCAUUAGAAUUAGUUUGUGUUAAGGGGGUAAUAUGCAUUUUUUAAGUGCCUUCAAUUUGUAUUUAUUUGGAUAUUUCAGAAUUCACUUUUAUAAUAAUGGAAUCAGAAUAGUGUGUUUUAGGA